AAUCUUGAAGCACUCACACAACACAUAUUAUCUGGUAAAAGAAGAGAUCAAUGGCUCCAACUGCAGCAUUGGUGCCAAGAAUUAAGCUGGGCUCGCAGGGGCUCGAGGUUUCAGCUCAGGGUUUGGGUUGCAUGGGCAUGUCAGCUUUUUAUGGCUCAGCCAAACCCGAGUCGGAAAUGAUCAAGCUCAUUCACCAUGCAGUCACCGCCGGUGUCACGUUCCUAGAUACUUCCGACUUUUACGGGCCCCACACUAACGAAAUCCUCGUCGGAAAGGCGUUAAGAGAGUUGGGAUUAAGAGGGAAAGUUGAACUAGCUACAAAAUUCGGGUUGAGCACAAAGGAGGAUGGACAGAUUGAAAUUCGUGGAGAUCCGGAGUAUGUUCGGGCCGCUUGUGAAGCUAGUUUGACCCGACUUGGUGUUGAAUGCAUUGAUCUUUAUUAUCUCCACCGGGUUGAUAUUCGUGUUCCUAUAGAAGUUACGAUGGGAGAACUCAAAAAACUGGUUGAAGAGGGUAAAAUAAAGUACAUUGGAUUGUCCGAGGCUUCGGCCGAUACGAUUCGAAGGGCUCAUGCUGUUCAUCCCAUAACAGCUUUACAGAUGGAAUGGUCAUUGUGGUCCAGGGAUUUGGAAGUCGAUAUUAUUCCAUGCUGCAGAGAGCUUGGUAUCGGAAUUGUCCCUUACAGUCCCAUUGCGAGGGGAUUCUUUGCAUCAGGCCCCGAGCUGAUUCAGAACUUAGCUGAAGAUGACUGGCGGAAGAAUAUGCCGAGGUUCCAACCUGAAAAUCUUGAGCACAAUAAACGCGUAUAUGAGCAGUUGAGCGCAAUGGCUUCAAGGAAAGGGUGUAGUCCCUCACAGUUGGCUCUGGCCUGGGUCCAAAAUCAAGGGAAUGACGUUUCACCAAUACCUGGUACCACAAAGAUAGAGAAUUUUAACCAAAAUGUAGCAGCUCUAUCCGUGAAACUAUCAAAGGAGGAAAUGGCUGAACUGGAAUCUUUCGGUGCUGCUGAUGUUGUUAAGGGAGACCGACAUGCUUACAUGGCAUUUACCUGGUUAAAUUCCGAGACACCUCCUUUGUCCUCGUGGAAAUCUGAAUAAAAAUGUGCAAUGGUCCAAUUCCAUUACUUCUGAUCCUUGAGAAUCUUUUGGCAAUAGUGUUCUCCAGAUUUAUCUUCUAAGCAAUGCUUAAUGCUUGUUGGGUUACUUUAUUUGUCUUAUGAUAAUUAAUGAUUGUUGUUUCGAAAUUGAAGUUGAAAUAAGAGUUUUUUGCUUCCCAAUCA